CAAGGUGGUUUCAAGAGUUCGAAUUCCGAGGCUAACUGUCGCCUCCCUGUCCUUUUGUCUCGUUUUGUGCACCUGCGCAGCAGCAGCUGACGACAACCGAACUGCACCUUGGUUUUACUUUUGGUGGACGACAGUUUGAUCCCUCUCUUCUUCUGCGUCUUCUUUCUUCCCCUCCGAUUCCAGAGUUGGAGGGGGGAGAAAAUAAGAGAAAACCAGAAACACUAUAUCAGAUAUAUUAGAUCGGUGUUAGUAGUUUCCUUGGUUGUAAGAGGAUGGACACUUUAUUGCAUGUUCCCCCAGGUUUUCGCUUCCACCCAACGGACGAAGAACUUGUGGAUUAUUAUCUUCGGAGAAAAGUUGCUUCAAAAACGAUAGACUUUGAUGUCGUCAAGGACGUUGAUCUAUACAAGAUUGAACCAUGGGAUCUUCAAGAGAAAUGUAGAAUUGGGACUGAGGAGCAAAGUGAGUGGUACUUUUUUAGCCACAAAGACAAGAAGUAUCCCACUGGAACACGUACAAACAGGGCUACAACUGCUGGAUUUUGGAAGGCAACUGGAAGGGACAAGGCAAUAUACUCCAAGCAUAACUUGAUUGGGAUGAGGAAGACCCUAGUUUUUUAUAUGGGCAGAGCCCCAAAUGGGCAGAAAUCUGACUGGAUCAUGCAUGAGUAUCGACUUGAGACAAAUGAACUUGGUCCUCCACAGGCAAAAGGAUGGGUGGUUUGUAGGGUGUUCAAGAAAAGAACCACCACGGUGAAAAGGGCAAGUGACCUUGAGUCACCAUGUUGGUAUGAUGACCAAGUUUCCUUUAUCCAUGAAAUUGGCUCAAGCCCCAGAAGGAUACUCCAACAGGAGAUUCUAUAUCAACCCCCUUUUCCUUGCAAGCAAGAGUUGGACAAUCACUACAGUUUACCUCAAGAACCUUUUUUGCAGCUUCCCCAGCUACAGAGCCCUACAUUGCCUCAUUCAGGAAGUUCUAACACAAGUGGUCUUGGCUUUGGUUUUGAUAUCAACCAGAGGGCUAGUCCUCAAAUGGUUUCUUAUGAGCACCAGCAACAAUCUCAUAUGAGCUUACUUUAUGACAACGGUGCAAACCAAGCUGUUGACCAAGUGACAGAUUGGAGAGUGCUUGAUAAAUUUGUGGCUUCUCAGCUCAGCCAAGAAGAUGCUUCCGAAGGAACCAACUUCACUGAUGCAGCUGGUUUUCAUCUCCCUGACAUGAAUCUGCUCCAGCAGGCAAACGACCCAGAGGCCCAAGAGUGCCCCCUGCCUGGUACCUCAAGCUGCCAAGUGGAACUGUGGAAACAGCAAAUGUAGUACGGAUGGCAGGAAAGAAGUUGGCUACUUCCAGCAGAUUGUUCCUGGUGCUUCAUUACAAGUCAUGUACAUAACAGUACCAAAUUAAGCAAGUAAACAGAAGAAAAAGAAUCAUCAAGUAACUG